AUGGGCGGCUCCUUUAGACCCCAAUACGCCGAUGAACCCGUGCCCCCCAUCUCACCGACCAAGAAAACCACCCUCGUGAUCAUCAAGACCUCCCUUCUUAUUCCCGGCGACGGUGAACCCCUUGAAGAUGCCGCUCUCGUCAUCAAAUCAAAGCACAUCGCCUGGGUCGGCUCGCAGUCGGACCUACCCUCGGAAUACACCGACUCCCCUCACAGGUCCUACUCGGUACCCUACCUCAUGCCGGGCCUCUGGGACUGCCACGCCCACUUCGGCGGCGAGUCCCCGGACGGGAACGGAGGCAAGGACUCGUACCAGGUCUUCAUCACCGAGCACCCGGCCGCGUCCGGUGCCCGCCUCACGCGCGGGUGCUGGCUGGCCCUGCAGCGGGGAUACACGUCCCUCCGCGACGUGGCCGGCCUGGGCUGCGAGGUCUCCCGCGCGAUCGAGGACGGCACCAUCGUCGGACCCAACGUCUACAGCUCCGGCUCGGGCCUGAGCCAGCUCGGCGGCCACGGCGACGUCUUCUCGCUGCCCGCGGGCGACGUCCUGCUCAACCUCGGCGUGUCGCAGAUCACGGCGGGCCACUUCGGCACCGCAACGACCAUGAUCGUGGACGGCGUCGACGAGUGCCGCCGCGCGGUGCGCUUGCAGAUCCGGCGCGGCGCCAAGUGCAUCAAGGUGAUGGCCUCGGGCGGCGUCAUGUCCCGCGACGACAACCCGCUAUGCGCCCAGUUCAGCCCGGCGGAGCUCGAAACCAUCGUGGAAGAGGCGACGAGGCAGAACCGCGUCGUCGCGGCGCACGUCCACGGCAAGCCCGGGAUCAUGGCGGCCCUCAAGGCGGGCGUCACGACCCUGGAGCACGUCUCCUUCGCGGACCGCGAGUGUAUCGACCUGAUCAAGGAGAAGGAUGUCGUUUACAUAGCCACGCGUGUCAUUAUGGACCUGCUCCUCAGCACGGAUGGCAAGGGGCUCUCCCCCGCGGUGUGGGAGAAGGCCAAACUGUGCGCGACGAACCACCUGACGGCGUAUAAGAUGGCCAUUGACUCCGGUGUGCGGAUCGCCCUCGGCACCGAUACGUCGCCCGGGUUCAACAUGGCCAUGGAGCUGGAGUCGGCCGUCAAGGCGGGCAUGAGCAACCUGGAGGCGAUCAAGGCGGCGACGGCGAACGGGCCGCUGAGCGUGGGCGGACAGGCGCCGAAGACGGGGCAGCUGAAGGUCGGGUAUGAGGCGGACGUCAUUGGGCUGCUGGAGAACCCGGCGGAAGAUGUCAAGGUGCUCCAGAAGCGCGAGAACAUUGGCUGGGUUUGGAAGGGCGGCAAGAUCUUCAAGGGGCCCGGGGUUGGUCCUUGGGGAGAAGAUUCCAUCUGGGAGGAGGAGGGGCUGGCGACUCCGUUUCUUCGUUGA